UCUCUCUCUCUCUUCAAGAACCAUUCUUGUUUUGACAAAACAAAAAACCCUUUGCUUUCUUUGCUUCUCAACAUCAAAUCCAAAUCCCAGAAACAAUUUCUUUCUUCACUUUCAUCCGUUUUCACAGAUCAAAACCAGCAAGAAGCACACACGCAGACAUAUGUAUAUAUAUAUGUGUGUGCGUGUUUGUUAGUUGGUGAUGAGCAGAAAGUGAAUUAAAGCAAGUAGUUUAAUUAUGGGUUGCUGAUCAUGAUUUGUGAAAACUAGUAUGUGCAGCUUCUUUGGAGUAGCUAUGGAGGAUUAUCAAGGAGACUUAACCGACAUAUUUCGAGCUAUUUCACAUGGAGUCAACACAAAUAUCCCUUCUCACGAUCAUGAUCAUGAUCAUAACUGGUUCGUUUCUGAUAAUCCUUUAAUGGAUUUCCCAUCUUCAACCCACAUCCUUGCCGAUAAUACCUCCUUCGGUGAUCCUUUCUUGAACAUGCGAGAUCCCCUUCUUCUCCAACACCCCGUGCCCGCCACUGCUCCUGCUCCUGCUCCUGCUUCUGACUACUUCUCCACCAUUGUUGAAGACGCAAGCUUUUCUGGCGGGAGCACUAGCACCAGCAGUAGUGUAAAUCUUGGUCAAAGUAUCUUGGAAGAUGAGAUGAAGGGUUCUUGUAGUGUUUUCUCCAGGAUUCAGAUCUCGUCCUGCAGUGAUGUUGGUAGUAAUCAGAUGGCAGAGGUGAUCGCCGGAGGUUCGCCGACGGGAAUUAAGCCGGCGGCGACAGGUGGUGGUGAGAUGAAUAAUGUUAAUGUAAAAUCUUGUUUGGUUGAUAACACCACUAGCUCUCUGCAGAUCUCGUCUCCGCGGAAUCUGGGCAUCAAGAGGAGGAAAAGUCAGGUAAAGAAGGUGGUUUGUAUCCCAGCACCAGCAGCUGCCAACAGCAGGUCUAGUGGAGAGGUGGUUCCAUCUGAUUUAUGGGCAUGGAGAAAGUAUGGUCAAAAACCCAUUAAAGGAUCUCCCUAUCCAAGGGGGUACUAUAGAUGCAGCUCGUCAAAGGGGUGUUCAGCUAGAAAACAAGUAGAGCGAAGCCGGACUGAUCCCAACAUGCUGGUGAUCACCUACACAUCUGAACAUAACCAUCCAUGGCCGACUCAGAGGAAUGCUCUUGCUGGCUCUACAAGAUCUCAGCCGUCCAAAACCAACAACUCAAAGACUUCAUCAUCAUCAUCAUCACCUCCGGAAAACAACAAGCAGCUGGAUCAGAUCUCCUCAUCGACCAAUGAUCUAAUCACUUCUUCUCCUGUUAAUCCUGGUGGUGGUGGAGGGAGUUGUUCAGCGACAACAAAUACUACUACUACUGCUUGUGUUAAGGAGGAAUUUGAGAUGGAUGAUGAUGAUCGUGAAAUUAGCCAACAUGGAGAUCAAGAUGAUCAGACGUUUAAUGAUAAGUCUUACAAGCCUGCACUACUACCAGAUCAUCACACUCACCAAGCUGGAGAUUAUCUUGUUGGGCUGGAUGAGUUAGAGUCUGACCCUCUUAAUCUCCUGCUCUCACAAGGAUUCAAUAAUGAUGAUGAUGAUGAUGAUGUUGAUGAUCCCCAGAAAGAUAACAAGAACAACAAGACAGUUGUGGAUCCAUUCAGUGAUCUCUUUGAUUGGGCUGUUGACAGCAACACCAACAACAACAGAACUUGUUUUGGACAACCCAAUAAUACAGGUUAAUAUUAUAUAUAUAUAUAAAACUGGGUUUGUGAAGUAGAGAUGAUCUGAUUAAAUUAAUACUUGAUUGGGGACAGCUUUUGUUGGGUUUUUGUUUUUUAUUUUAUUUUAUUUUGUUGGGCUUAGCGGAGAAGUAAGAUCAAGAAGAGAGAGUUAAAACUUAAAAUGAGACGAGUGCUGGUUGAUUGGGAACAGAUCAGUCCCACGUUCCUUUUGGAAUAAUAUUAGUGGAUGGGACAGAAAGCUGAGGAACAGAAGGUUUCAACAGUGGAAGAGCAAGUACAUCCAUCAGAGACAUGACUGGAAAGCUCAGUGAAAGUGAAGUGAAGUGAGGUGAUCAAGAUCAUCAUCUUUAUAUACAUUAUCAUUAAUUAUUAUAUGUUUAUCUCACAUCAGAUGGGACUUGCCUCUUCAUCUUCAUCUUCAUCUUCAUCUUUAUCUUCA